AUGCCCAACGAUGCCUCUUCGAGAUCCAAAAAUAUAUUUACAGAUCAGGAACAGGAACAGGAACAGGAACAGCGAGAGGAACAGCUAGAGGACGAAUUGCGGAAGAGGAAGAAGAAGAGGGAUUUCGGUAUGGAGAGUGCAGUUGCGGAAUCGGGCAGGAACUUGAAGAGGAAGUCGGGCUCGACUAUGACUACGACUACAAGUAUCUGUUCUACGGAUGAUGAUAAUGUGGUUGUAGAGGGGAAGAAUGGGUUAGGGAUAAAUGGAAAGGGGCAAGUUAGAGGGGAGGGGAUGAGGGAGGGGAUAAGGGAAUCGACGGUGCGAAGGGAAAUUAAAAAUAAACAGAGUUGGGAUUAUAUUUGGAGGACAGGAUUGGCGGGGGGUUUGGCUGGUAGUGCGGCAAAAACCGUAGUCGCCCCCCUCGAUCGGGUCAAAAUCCUCUUUCAAGCCAGUAACCCCCAAUUCGCCAAAUACACUGGCUCAUGGUUCGGCUACAUAACCGCUAUGCGCGACAUCCACACCGAUGAAGGCAUUCGCGGUCUCUUCCGCGGUCACUCCGCAACCAUUCUCCGCAUCUUCCCCUAUGCCGCCAUUAAAUUCCUCGCCUACGAACAAAUCCGCGCAGUUAUUAUACCCAAACACGAUUACGAAACUCCGUUUAGGAGAUUGAUAAGUGGGAGUUUAGCGGGGGUUACGAGUGUGUUUUUUACGUAUCCGUUGGAGGUUAUGAGGGUUAGAUUGGCGUUUGAGACGAAGAAAGAUGGGGUGGGGUUGGGGGGAAUUUGUAGGAGGAUUUAUCAUGAAGUUCCGUCUGCGCCGAGGACGGCGACGGCGGCGGUGGGUGGGGGAGUGAUCGCCGGGGCGGAAAAUACAGUGCAAGCUUUGAUUCCGAAGAGUGGACUGGCGAAUUUUUAUAGGGGGUUCUCGGCUACGAUUUUGGGCAUGCUGCCGUAUGCAGGAAUGUCAUUCCUGACGCACGAUACGGCGGGCGAUUUACUACGUCAUCCAAAGGUCAGUCAGUACACGACACUUCCCAAACCGGCACAUUAUGCAGAACAUAAACCGGCGCCCCUGAGGUCCUGGGCGGAAUUAUUCGCGGGUGGUGUGGCGGGUUUGGUCAGUCAAUCGAGCGCGUAUCCGUUGGAGGUCAUAAGGAGGAGGAUGCAGGUGGGGGGGACGGUGGGGGAUGGGAGGAGAUUAAGGAUUGGGGAGACGGCGAGCAUGAUUGUUAGGGAGAGGGGGUGGAGGGGUUUUUUUGUGGGAUUGACGAUUGGGUAUGUGAAGGUUGUGCCGAUGGUGGCGGUUAGCUUUUAUGUUUAUGAGAGGGGGAAGGGGUGGUUGGGUAUUUAG